CACCGCAGAGUGAUCCACAAAACAAACGUAUGCCUGCCCCUGUCUCCUUCACGGUGCGCCCACCAGGAUCCGCCCCGUACCGGCCUUCGCCCCUUGGCAACAGGGGCCCGCCUUCAAGACGGCUGUUCAAUGAUGACCAGGAGGACGAGGAUGAUCACGACGACAGCCAUAUUCAAAGCAAGAGAGGGGAAAGGCCCAGAGACGAACGGAUAGAAGGAUUCGGAAAGAAUGGACGUGCCAUUGGGUACGUUGGUCACGAUUCAACCAAAGUGCAAGAGUUGACCUCUCGUCUGUGUAGUGGCGACAAACCUGCAGCCCCGCUUGUCAUUCCCGCCAUCCCCAAUCGAGACUGGCGAGCCUCAUCUACCCGCAGGACGCCUUCAUAUCGCCCCGAAAACCAACCCCAAGUCGAUGCUGGCGAUACCCAUGACCGAGUCGGAGACGGCCCUCAACGUUCGGGAUUGAGGCAGAUGAUCAAGCAGGAAGUAAAAGAGGGCGAAGACGGAAGUGUCAAUGUCAAAAUUGAAAAGCACGAAGAGAUUAGCAAUGGCUCCGUCAAGCAGGAAAUCAAAGAGGAGGUGGAGGUGAAGAGGGAACCCCUCACGCUAGAAGAACAGGCUCUUCAAGCUCUCCUUCAAGGCGAAGUUCCUCGUGAAACGGAAGAAGAGCGACUACGCCGUGAGCUCGUCAUUGCUUCCGCCGCAGACACCCCUUUCUCUGAGGAAGAUGCUCUCAAACGAGACGUCGACGCUCUCCCCGCCGAGUCGACUAUCGAUGAUUACGCCGCUGUCCCUGUAUCAGCCUUCGGUGAGGCUAUGGCUCGCGGAAUGGGCUGGACUCCUGCGACCGAGGGCGGUACAAAGAUCCACGAACCCAAAUCGAGGCCUGCCCUUCUGGGUCUUGGGGCAACUGCCAUGCAGGCCCCGGUGCCUCCUAGCCGGAGCGGCUCCAGCAACGGAAAGAAGCCCAGGCCGCCAAGCAAGAGAGAUGCUAUGAAAUACAGCCUGGCGGGGGCUAUGGUCAGGCGAGAUGGGAGUGAGACGCCCGGGGCAAGCAGUGCCAGUGAGAGCAGUGAAGGCAAGAGGAGGAGGGAUGACGACUCCGGGAGAGAGAGCAAGCGGAGGGACGACGGAUAUAGAGAUAGAGAUAGGGACAACGGACGGGACCGUGCUCGUGAUAGUGAGAGGGACAGAGAUAAGGAGAGGAGGACCGACCACCGAGAUGCUGGGCGUUCUGAGACAGAGGACGAGCGUGCUCGGCGGAAAGCCAAAGAGCGCGAAAGGAGAGACAGGGGUGACGAUAGGGAUCGAUACCGGGACGGCGACAGACGAGACGACCGUGAUCGCUAUAGAGAAAGGGAUGAUAGAGAUAGACGCGAUGAUAGGGACAGGAGAGAUAGGGACCGGGAUAGGAGACGUUGAGCAGGCCUGUUUGUAUAUUACAUGUAUGAAGAACCACCUCAUGUGGAGAAUAAACCGUUCUAACAGA